CGGAGCGUUGUUCCAAAACCUGUACGUACUAACGGUAUUGAUCCGUUGUCAGAGUGAAGCGAGCAUUUGUGAUUAAAGUUUUAAAUUUGCAAACUAAUAUUGCUCCCCGACAAAAGUGAAAACUCAUUAGUCUCCCUUUUCGGCGAAGCCCCUUAUUACGACCGCUCGACGUCAACACAGACCUCCUGCUAAUGACCUUCCACACCGAAACCGGUCGAUAUAGUGGCGAAACCCAACGGUGAAGCGAGAGUAUGAAAUGAUCCGUUCACUUUUAGUACCGUUCCGAUAGCGGUUACCAGGUGUGCAUUAAUUCGUCAAAUAACGAGCAAACAGAAACACGAUAAACCUCCUGCGUCACCGGAUUUCCGUGCCGUUACAUCGAGGGCCGGAAGACGUGGCGUGACCACAGGAAGCAGGGGUGACGACGAAAGUUGGCGAUCGACCGUGUUUUUGGUGCCGACAGUGAACACGCAAUCUACCGAUACCAUGGCCUCGCGCAAUCGGACACCGCCCGGCCAAAUACGGGAUGAUUUUUUGCUCGAAACUAACUUUGACGAAGACGGUGCCCUCACGCGAGCCUACAACACGCUCCCACAACAGCAGCAGCAGCAACAGAACGGGUUGCAACGAAGAAGCAUCGCUUAUCGGUCCAACUUAUCGGUGGAUCGAUACUCGGACACCACAUUACACGGAAAACCACCACGCAAAGGUGGUUGCUGUAAAUCAUGCAUUACACGGAUACCGUACGCGACGCUAAUUGCGACGGUAAUGUGCCUUAUCGGUGUCGGCGUGUUCUGCGGCACGAUGUUCCGCGGCACCUCGCUGGCCAUCGUAAUGCUCGAUCAGGUCUUCCACCUUCGGCUGCCCUGGAUCGAGGCGGUACAGAUGAUCUUCGUCGUUAUCGGAGCGUCGAUGGCUGCCCUUGGGCUGAUGAUACUGUUCGUUGGCUUCCUGGCGACCGGUGCCACCCGCCACAAGGUUUACCGGGCGUGGGGCUCUCGAGUCGGGGGCCGUAUCUCCUGUGCCGUCUUCAUGGGCAUCUCCUACGUACUGAACAUCGUUUGGAUACUGAUCUUGUGCUUUCUCUCCAUCGUAACGUUCGUGUUUACGGUGUUCUGGAACAUGUGCGCCAACAACAACGUUCAGACACACCGUGAUUGCAUCGAUCUGACGCAGUUCUACUUCAUGUUCCCGGACGGAGUGAAGCAGGAAGAUAUGAAGAUUUGCGAUCCGGGCAAGGUGAAAGCGUUCUGCAAGGACGGAGUGGAGAAGUGCGAGAUCAUGUUCAUCCUGGCGACCGUCUCCUGCCUGCUGAUCAUACUCAGCUUCGUGCACUAUCUGAUGUGUUUGGCCGCAAACUAUGCCCACAUUCGCGAUCACGAAAAGUUCCAGGAGCUGCAGGAGAUUCAAAAUCUUACCGAGAUGGAGUAUAGUGCCGCGUCAAAGGACCGGUUCUAGGAUACGGCCCAGGAGAUCUAUAUCGAGCACUGCACCUGAGGGUGGCCUUCCAAGGCAGCAUCCGCUGUACGAGCAGCUUACGUUUAAAUUUGCUCCUCCCGUCUAAGACGGUUGCUAAUUACUAGAUCCCGGCCACCGUGCACACGUUCAGCGUACCCUUAAAAGGAGCAUGCACCGCAGUUCUUUAUUUGGCACCUAUUUUCACCAUUUACGUUAAGUUUCGUGGCGCUAAUGCUGUUUGAUAUAGUUAGUAUCUUUUGCUGAAAACGUUCGUUUUCUGUUUGGGCACAAACACAAAUUGUGUGUUACAGCCAGCACGCGGUAUAGUUUGUUACUUAGGCAUCAUUCCGUCCAAACUCACAAAUGCUUUUUUCGUGCUUAACAUAUUUCGUAACGCUUCCUUUCCCGGUCUGUCUUUGAUUUGGCCCACGGCACAACGCACGUGCCAUCGAUUUACUUAUCACGUCGCUGCACGGACACGAGCGCAAGCUUACUGCCCUAUAUAGAUACUCCUGGACCAUACAUGUUAGUAGAGAUGCGUAGAAACAUAAGCAACGACACAACAACAAGACCGAUUGACCUCUUGAAGCAAGGGAAGGACGAGCGCGCAAAUCGAACCAAGAUAUCGGAAAAGAAAACAAAUGAACAGCCAAUAAUAAGUCUGACAAUGAUAACAAUAAGCAACAAGCGACACUCCAUACGAAACUUCUAAACCAUCACCGAUCAAAUGCUCAAAAUGCAUCACAUUGCAUCACAGAAACCGUGAAUCACAAACACGAAACGCAAAGUAGCAAAGAAACACAUAUCGGUAUAGGUUAUCCGUCGAAAUGAACAAUAUUUUGUCUGAGUUUUGAGAUCGACCGACGCCGCAUUUAUGGAUAAACGAUUUAUUUUACAGAGAGUGCAUGAAGCAAUCGAGCUAAAUUUGCACAAGAAUCGAAGCACAACGUUUUGGACAACGCACAUAACUACAGAUCUUCAUCCGUUAACACAUUCCAGUGUGAUAGUAUAACUCUGCGUAAGAAACGGAAGCGCGUCGGAAAGAUAUAUAUUUUUAUAUCUAAACAGAGCAGAUGAUUCGAAUGAGAGGGCGACCAGUUGAAGGAAGAAAAACCAUUAAUAGAUAUGUCGAGCGGUUUGAUGAAUUCCAUUCGUGAUCUCCUCGAGUCAUGCAGAUGGAAACGUUUAAAGUUAGAGACAUUGUUCGUAUACCGUAAAAGCGGCGAAACGUGGUUUCAUUAUAGAGAAGAAAAGUAAACGAAGAAUGAAGAGGAAUACCACAAGUGAGAAUCGCUAUUCCGGCAAAUUUUAUCAUAAAAAACAUCAGCAAUAGCUCCAGCGACUAAGAAUAACGUGUCUUUUUCCAUAACAUUCGCUGGAGGUUUCCAAAGGAACGGGAUUGUCCGGUCCAGUGAUUCACUUUUUGGUAGCUUUUUAGAUCGCUUUUCUCUCCGUUUCUUGUUGAGACGGGGAGGUAUUGUUUUUCCGUUGCCUAAUGCCUGUAGUAUUUAUGUCCGCGAUCGUAUAUAUAAACGAGAAAACGAAACCUUAGAUUAGCCUCUACAGACCUAAAGUAUUUACAAAAUGCAAGCAGCAUAUACUGCAAGACAUUCCAGUGUCGUGUUCUGUUGUGCUGCGAAUGCAUGCAUACAAUCAAUUGAAUUAAUCCCCUUUUUGCGUAAGUGUUCUCAUAUUUAAUCGUCGCUCAUAAUGCACUCUACCCGAUAACGUAUAUUUCUCUCUAUCGAUUUCCUAUUCCAAUCGUGUACGACAUUCUUCGAACUAAAUAGUGAGCCCUUUUGGGAAGACAUUUGCAUCGUCGAUCAUUUUUCCAGUCCACUGUCUAUCUAUUUCAGUCUAAGCAUUCAUUGUAAAAGAAUAAGAACAUUAUGCGAAAAGUUGAAUUUCAAAAAUUCCAACGGAGUAAAAGAAAC